CCCUCCCGCGCUUUCGGGGAAGUGGGGAGGCUGGGCCGGACCGCGAGGCACGGACUUCGCAAACUCUGCGGACGUCCGUAGCCGAUCCGGGAGGGCUCGAGGCUGCGGGAAGGGUCCCGCAGAAUCGCAGAUCCCGCGUGUGCAUUGGCCCAGACCUCCUGUACCAAGCCUAACCGCAGAGCAUCCCGCCGCGCACGCCCGCCCGGGAGUUGGCCGCUAGUGAGCUGUGGCCCCUCGGUCCCGAACCCGCGUCCAGAGCAGCCCCGAGAUCCACGGGGCCAGGGGCGGGCCGGGCCGGUGGGAUGAGCUGACGAGAGGGCUGAGUGCGCCCCGGAGCCGCUCCAGCCACCGUGGGGGACAUGGGCUCCACGGCCGACGUGCAGAAGUCACACUGGGCCUGCAGAACUGGAGCCGGAGACUGCUCUUUGGCCACUUAAGCAAGUGGUGGCUCCAAGGAGGCAUCAGUUCCCGAGACCUCGUCACGCUCCUUCCUCUCAACCAGCUGUGAGUUACCAGUCUUCAGAGUGCUAUGACCCAACCAUUACCGCUGUGCACAGAUGGAGCAAGUGAGGCAUCUUGGCUCUGGAGAAAGCUGCGUGGCAAGAGGCGGUUGGCGAUGGCAUUCUGCCUCUUAACGACUCUGUCUGUGGUGACUGUCACCCGCUUGCCCACACAGCGCCCAGCCGCUGGCCCAGACCCUGGCCCCAUGGAGCCCCAGGGGGUUGCUGAUCCCCCUAUCCCCCAGAGUCGGCAGGCUCUGAGCUCCAGCUGGAGGCAGCAGGCAAGAAGGUUGAGGAGAAGCUGGGCCUUGCCCAGGAGCUCCAUCCUGGUGUGUGCUGAGGAGCAAGGCCACAGAGAGCACGAGGACAGCAGCAGAUGGUCCCCAGGGAAGGAGAGCAGCCAUCCAGGGAGGAUCAGGAACGACAUUACUUUGGCACCUCCAGAUGACCUGAAACUCAGUACCCUGCAUCUUGUGCUCCUGCAGGGGGAGGCGAUCAGGGGUCCAGGAGCCAAAGACCUGGACCCACCCUGGCACCAUGGUCCCCUCCCGGAGGCACUCAGUGAGACAAGCACCCCAAGUGGCCCCCUUGCAGGGCAUGACAUGUCAGCCUUACAGACUCGGAGAGCUACUGCUGGACUGACCCUCCAGCCUCCUCCAGAAGGCAGGGGUCUGCCAGGAGUGGGGAACAGAGCCUGGACUGCUGGCCAACAAGUGGGGGGUCCUGCUCCCACCAAAGGGGCUCAUUGGUGGCCUGGCUCUGUUAAGGAGCUGCAAGGAUCUGUCUGGUGUGACACUGAGACCCCUGGGCUGUCGAGUGGCUUCAGGACCAGUGAGCAGGUCCCCCCGUGGCUCACAGAGCAGGAUGUGCGGACCCUUCAGCUUCUGGCCCAGGGGGAGGUGGUGGGCAAAGCCCGGGUGCCCGGCCACGGGCAGGUGCUUCUAGUCGGUUUCUCCAGCGAGAGGGCCCUUCAGGAUGCAGCUCCUGGACUCAGUCAGCUCUGCUCCCAGGGGCUCUGUGGCUUGAUCAAGAGGCCCGGGGACCUGUCCGAGGUCCUGUCCUUCCACGUAGACCGCGUGCUGGGGCUGCGCCGGAGCCUGCCCGCCGUGGCCAGGCGCUUCCACAGCCCGCUGCUGCCCUACCGCUACACAGACGGCGGCACCCGGCCCGUCAUCUGGUGGGCGCCCGACGUGCAGCACCUGGGUGACCCGGAGGACGACCAGAACUCUCUGGCUUUGGGCUGGCUGCAGUACCAGGCCCUGCUGGCACGUGGCUGUGGCCGACCCAGCCAUGCCCCAUGCCUGGGCAUCCACCACGCCGAGUGGGCACGCCUGGCCCUCUUUGAUUUCCUGCUGCAGGUGCAUGACCGCCUGGAUCGCUACUGCUGCGGCUUCGAGCCCGAGCCCUCGGACCCCUGUGUGGAAGAGAGACUCCGAGAGAAAUGCCGGAACCCCGGGGAGCUGCGGCUGGUCCACAUUCUGGUCCGGAGCAGUGACCCCACUCGUCUGGUCUACAUCGAUAAUGCUGGCCGCCUUCAGCACCCGGAGCACAAGCUGAACUUCCGGCUCCUCGAGGGCAUCGAUGGGUUUCCUGAGCCUGUCCUGAAGGUUCUGGAAUCAGGGUGUCUACAGAAUAUGCUGCUCAAGUCGCUGCAGAUGGACCCAGUGUUCUGGGAAAGCCAAGGUGGGCGACAGGGCCUGCAGCAAGUCCUCCAGACCCUGGAGCAGCGAGCACAGGUCCUGCUGCACCACAUCCGGACGCACAACCUGACAGUCUUCCCUGACGAAGGCCCGUAAGCCCCGCCCAUCCAACCCGCGGCCUUGCGGGCCCCACCCCACGUCCUGGAGGGACUCGUAAGCUCCGCCCACCCCACCCCCUCCCCGUCCUGGCGGGACUCUCGCCUCACCGCAGGCGAGUCACUCACUACACGACCUGAGGGGAUAAGCGCCCAUCCUCAUGGCCACAAUUUCUUGUGUUGAAAAUGUCUCGAAGACAAAAGGGAAAAGUCAGAAACCAGGAGGGCACCAUGGACGCCUUGGGAUGUGUCGCAUGCUUGGGCUGGUGGAGGAGGUGGUGGGUGUUGGGUUUUCAAUCUCAUCACGUUCCUUGCUGUCCCCUCAGCUGGCUGUUUAUUCUCCUGCAGCAAUAAAUACACAAGAAUGUUCUAUGAACUGCUCCAGAUACUGUAAAGUCAUGCACUGCACAUGCACACGCAGAGCUGGACAACUCUGUGUGUGUGUGUAUGUCUGUGUGUGUGUAGGUGUGUGGGUAUGUAUGCCUGGUAUGUGGACCUGCCCACAUGCACACGUGAUAUGAGCCUCAUCAAGGAUCUUUACUGAACUGUACUUGUGGCCCAGAACCGCUCUGGCUGAAAGUGAACUCAGCUCCUAGAAAUGGAACCCUGAGCCUUUUGUCUCUAUAACCUUUAGAUGUUCAAUUUUUGUUCAUUUAUGCUUUAAGACU